UACCGUACACAAUAUCGUAGAUCUACGGUAUUGUUUUACUACUCCCUGCAAUAUUAUUAUAAUAGCGCAUGCCGGCAUGGUAUGGUUCACGCACCUCUUUUCAAGUUUUCUGCAUGCUGCCCACAUUUGAUAAACCUACAAUAAUAACGUUUUGUUUUUAGUUGGAUGAGCUGUUCCUCUCAUCCAGUUUCUCACUGUCCUUUAGGUGUUUAGUAAAUUACUCUUCACAAUGGACUGGCUGCGGAAACUCUGCAUCGGCGAUCGGGACUUGGAAGACUCGACGAAUCAAUGGACGACAGUGCUGUUCUCGUUUGUAUUCUUCCUAUGUGUCUACCUCGCCUGCCUAGUCUUAUCUUUGCUGUUUGAAACCUACCGUAGGCUUAGCAACCGGGAGAAAGUGUUUUGGCACCUCUCUAUCGUUAGAGCGGUGUUUGGCGUGUUUGGCGCUUAUGGUGGAAUUCACACCAUCCUGGGCGAGCCAGAGCUGCAUACUGACAUUGUCAAUGCCAAAACACAAGAAUCGUACUUUAUGGUGAUGGUGACGACUGGAUUUUUCCUGUUCGAGUGCACUACACUGUUCGCAUCCAACAUCUACUUCCGCUUUAUAGAUUGGAACCUAGCGCUGCACCAUUCACUUUCUUUGAUUGGAUUCCUGAUGUCUGUCUAUUACGCAAAGGCUCAUUUCUUUGCCUGCGCGGGGCUAUUGCUGGAGAUGACGACACCGUUCUCCGCCGUGUGCUGGCUGCUGAUCAAAGCCAAGAAAGCGGACACGACGCUGUGGCGUGUUAACCAGCACAUUCUUAUUCACCUGUUCCAUUGCCGCACGACGGUGGAGCUGUACAUCUGGUGGGCGACCUACUGGAACCUUCCGACUGUCCUGAGCGACAUGCCGCUCCCACUCGGAGCUCUCCUUUACUCGGAGCUGGCGCUGAUCAACUUCUACCUGACGCCAUUCUGGACGUACAAGAAAACGUGGCAGCUGUUCAACCCCGUUGAUUGGAAUCAUGCCGACGCCAAGAAAACGAAAUGAUCUUGCGGUUGACUGAGUCGUGUCUUUUCUAUUCAAUUUCCCUAUCUACCGUGUUGCGAGUCACGGCGUGCCGUUUCCAUUGAGGUCUGAUUGGAAGUAUGAGACGGAGAGAGCAGACAAGUUUCUAGGUGGUAACUAUUUUAUUCCUAUUUUUCAUAGCAAAUGUUAAGCAGUGUGUGGCCGUGGGCGAGUCUUCUUACCACAUUCUGCGUAUUGUGUCUGUGAUCAGAUGGGUUAAUCCUCUUCCUGUGUUGUGAACUGCAGUACAUGUACAUGUAUUGCAGCACCCAGCCACCACACAACAGGCACACAACAUGUGCCAUACUCAUUCUCUGUGAUCUGAAUGUUAGAGUUUCCGUUUGUGCUGUUCAGCUGUGGUGUUCUUGGCGAAUGGUAAUUGUUGUGAUUCAUUCAAACCAUCCGUCCUGUUCGUUUUUACACCACGUAUAGUUCCGUCAAGCCCGUCAUAAGACCUGUACUUAUUCAAGCGUGCUAGGCAAUAUCUUUAACAAGUAUAAUAGUUAUUCUGUCGAGCCCAUCGACGCUCUUGG